AUGACCAGCAUAUCCAACAUCCUGUCGCUCCCCUUUCGCAAAUCCACCCAGCUGUCGCUCUCGUCAACAAUACGACAGUACAUCAAUACCAAAUAUGACCAGCACCCGGACAUGUUCCGCCAAGACCUUGAGGUCAUCGAUGCCCUGCGACGGGAUGCGGUCAACGUAAGGGAGCCGCACCCCAGCGGCAUCAAGAAGCUCCAGGCCUACGCUGGACAGCUGGCGUGGAUUGGCGGCAAGUUCCCAAUCGACAUCGGCGCUGAGUUCACGUGGUAUCCGGCGCUGGGUUACAACACCGAACGGCCCAUGGUUCGAAACAACCUCAAGUACGAGCUAAUGAACAUCCUCUACAACCUCGCCUCACUGUACUCUCAGCUCGCCGUCGCGCAGUCGAGAACAGGAACGGAAGGACUCAAAAUCGCCGCCGGAUAUUUCGCCUCGGCAUCCGGAGUGCUGGAUCACAUGCAGAAGGAAAUCCUUCCCGAGCUGCGCAUGUCAGACCCCCCUGAGGACAUGGACGCCGACACCCUCGAGUCGCUCUCUUACCUGCUCCUGGCACAAUCACAAGAAUGCUUCUGGCAGAAGGCCGUUAUGGACGGCUACAAGGAUGCCAUCAUCGCUCGUUUGGCCGCCCGCGUGUCAGACCUGUACAGCCUGGCGGGUGAGGCUGCGAUGAAGAGCGAGGCCAUCAGUUCUGCCUGGAUCCAUCACAUGAGCGCGAAGCACCAUCACUUCGCCGGUGCCGCGCAAUACCGCGCUGCGUGCGACUGCCUUGAGAAGAGGAGAUACGGUGAAGAGGUCGCUCGUCUGCAGGACGCUGUGGGUUGCGUGAAUGAGGGACUGAAGGAGAGUCGGGGCGGAUACCUGAACAAGGCAGUGCUCGAAGAUUUGAACGGCCUGAAACGUAAAGUCGAGGAGGAUCUAAAGCGGGCGGAGAAGGACAACGACGUCAUCUACCUUCAACCCGUACCGCCAAAGUCGGAACUGAAGAUUCUCGAUAGAGCCAAUAUGGCUGUCGCCAAAGUCCCUCCGCAGGUGGCCAACCCUUUCGACUACCUCGGAGACCAGGCCGAGUUUGGUCCUGCGCUCUUCACGAAGCUCGUUCCGUUCUCGGUCCACGCCGCCAUCACCAUCUACGAGCAACUACGCGAUCGUAUAGUAAACGAGAACAUCAUCGGACAGAUGGAAACUCAAACAGAAAAGCUUCAUGUCAUGCUGAGUGCCAUCAACCUACCUGGCUCACUGCAGGCUCUGGAGAAGCCGCUCGGCUUGCCUCACAGCUUGGUCCACCAUGCGGAAGAGAUACGGCAAGCGGACGCCAUAGGCCGCAUUCAGCGGGCGUUCUCCGACAUCGAUAAGCUUCGGACUGCCGAUCUUGCGGUCUUCAACGAGGGCAAGGCGAUCCUCGCGGCAGAGGAGGAGGAAGAUAACCGAAUGAGACGGAAGUACGGCACCGAUCGUUGGUCCAGGCCCGACAGUCGCAGCGACCCCCAGGGAAGUCGGUUCUGGGCUCAAGUGGCCGAGAUCGAGGGCUACUUUGCGAGCAGUACGAGCAGUGAUGCUGUCGUGCGAGAUAAGUACAAGGAGGUCCAGGACUUGCUCGAGAUGCUGUCGGGAUCGGACCGGGCCAUCAUGGACUACGUGCCUUCCUCCAGGCGGAUGGACAUCCCAGAGCCCCUGAAACCGGUAAUAGGAAGGCUUCGGGGUGCCUACAACGACGUCCUCCGACUAGAGUCCAAGAGGAGAAAGAAGGCAGAGGCGCUGCGGGAGAAGGCUAGAAUGGACGACAUCAAACCGGAUAUCCUUAAAGAAGCGGCUCGGCUCGAGAGGACGUACCCGACGACAGCUAUUGUCCCGGCGCACUUUGAAGACUUCUUCGAGAAGCGCCUCGACAAGCUGUACGACGCCGAGAUUGAGGCUGUCGCGAAGGAGGAGGACGAGCAAGAGCGGCUCAUGGCCGAGGUUCAGAGAGUCAACCGGGAGUUUGAGGCUCAGAAGCGGAACUUGUCAAGUGGUAGCCGCGAGCGCGAACAGGCUCUGCAGAGGCUCGACAACGCCUACUACAAAUACAAGGAGAUCGUCAACAACGUCGAUGUCGGACGAAAGUUCUACAACGACCUGAGCAAGGUGGUGGGCCAGAAUUUCCGGGAUCCGGUCAAGGCUUGGGCUGCGGAACGGCGGAUAGACGCCAAGAGCCUCGAAGAGGACCUCAGUAUGCCGCCGCUAAGCUCCCUGAACAUCAAUAGAUCACCGGUACACUCUCCGACUGGCUCGAGCUACGACCCGCGGUCCCAGUCCUACUUCAGCGCGAGCGUCGUUCCCAGCACGACACAGCAGCAGCAGCAGCAGCAGCAGUCUCAGCCGCAGCAACCCCCCACUCGGCACGAGGUGCACUCGCCUGUCGAGGCUCACAUCCAGUCUUGGGCCGGCUCGACCGUCGAGCCUCAGCACCCGAGACCUGCGGCUGCUAUGGCAGGCAUGUGGCAGCCCGACAUGGGCAUCAAGUUCGGGGGUCAACCUGGCGCAUCCGCCUCGGCUCCGGCUCCAGCUCCGGCCCCGGCAUCGGCCAGCGGACAAUCGCCGCCGCAGGGAGGCACCUGGAACCCUGCCUCGGGAAUCAAGUUCGGAUAG